AUGUCCACAGCACCAUUACUGCAGAGUGCUCCAGGUAAAAAAAUCGCACUGCCCACUAGAGUUGAACCCAAAGUCUUCUUUGCCAAUGAGCGUACCUUCUUAUCAUGGCUGAAUUUCACCGUUAUGUUAGGUGGUCUUGGUAUCGGACUCCUGAACUUUGGUGAUACUGUAGGUAUGAUAAGUGCUGGUCUGUUCACGCUAGUGGCUAUGGGUACAAUGUUGUAUGCAUUGGUAACAUAUCAUUGGAGGGCAGCUGCGAUUAGACGUCGUGGAUCUGGACCUUACGAUGACAGACUUGGUCCUACCAUGUUAUGCUUUUUCCUGCUAGUUGCAGUUGUUAUCAAUUUUAUACUAAGACUCAAGUACGGUGCUGAAUGA